UGUAUUCGAAAGAAUUCCAUUUCUCUCCUUGCACAUCGUCACAAGUAAAAAGGAGGGUGGGGGAGGAGGAGAAAUCGAGUGGAACUUCCUCGGACGUUUUAAAAAAAAGUCUCAUCUCUUCCACCAACACCUCCCCCCCCCCCAACCUCCCCGCUAUUUUUGUUUCUUUAAAAAAAAUGUCGAGUGAAGAAGUCAUGCAAUCAGUGCCCGCAGAGAACGAGAGAGAGGGAGCAGCUUUCUGAAUCACGGACAGUUAGUUUCACUGGGUUCUCCGGAGCACAGCACCCAUACAAGCUGUGAGAGGACUUGGAAACUUCAAAGCACACACAUACACACACUGGCUACAGCAGUGGGGGGAAGGAGGAGGUGAGCAAUUAGGAAAGAGAGAGAAAAAAAACAAAAAAAAUCCAUGUCAUUUGGAGAUGGGGCAACAGGACAUCAGAAAGUGGCAGCUGGGAGCCCAAGUGAUUUUAUUCGUGGCAACGCUGACCAUUGUCAAAACAGAGGACCCAGUUGAUGUCUUACAAAUACUGAACCUCCAGGACACCAUGGACGGAGUUGUAACAGUCGCGGGAUUUUGCACACAUCGAAAAGGCUCUGAAGAGACGGAUCUUGCACUCCGACUAGAAAACAAAACUCAUUUCAGUGCCCUGACUACGCAGUUAUUCCCAGAUGGACAUUUUCCAGAGAAUUUCUCUAUCCUAACGACACUGAAGGCCAAGAAAAUGUCUCAGUUCUUCUUGCUGUCCAUUUACAAUGAUCAAGGGAUACAACAGCUCGGGGUAGAGAUUGGGCGAUCUCCUGUCUUCCUUUAUGAGGAUCAAACAGGCAAACCAACUCCUGAGGAAUACCCCAUCUUCAAAAAAAUUAACCUCUCCGAUGGCAAAUGGCACCGGUUGGCAAUCAGCGUUGAAGGGAAGAAUGUCACAAUGAUCGUUGACUGCAACCAGCAGAUAUCUGAGCAUCUAGCUCGAAGUGACAACCCAGCGAUCAGCACCAAUGGAAUCACAGUCUUUGGUACCAGGAUAUUGGAUGAGGAAGUGUUUGAGGGUGAUAUCCAGCAGCUGUUUCUGAGCCCGGACCCGAAAGCAGCUUACAGCUACUGUGAUCGCUACAUCCCCGACUGCGACAGCGUUCUACCCUAUGCCCUGCGGCUCCCGGAGCCCGUUUAUGAGGAAGAGACAGCCACCACACGGCCCCGUCACAAAAAGAGGAGGAAGGGUCGCAAACGCUCUAGAAAGAAGAGCAAGGGCAAAUCAAAGAAAUCGAAAAAAAACCGCAAAAAGAAGAAGAAAGAUCGGGCUGCCUGGCAAAAGAUAGAAGCUUUUGGGGUUGGGGAACAGGACAAGGAGCAGCCCCCCACGGAGAAAGCAGAAAAUAAUUAUGAUUAUUUCCUCGGUGCGGAAUACUACACUGAUUUGGAAUCCGCCAUCUUCAACGCCUCAAUGAAUGCUGAGGUUGUGGUGGAAAAUGCGACAGGCCAUGAGACCAUGCAAGAGGAGCUCAUUGAAGAAUCAGAGGGCCCCUUUACAAAUGAGUAUGAAAACCGAGAGUAUGAGACAAAUGACUACGAUUACUCAGAAGGAAACUACGAUGACCAGCGGAACCAGCAGUUUGGGACAGCUAGACGAGUGGAAUCAGAGACACAAGAUAGAUGGGUGCAGAGCCUGAAAGGAGAGAAGGGGGAGAAGGGGGAGCGUGCAGUCAUUGAGGCUGGAAUGUUGCUGCCUGGACCUGUAGGACCUCAGGGGCCUCAGGGUCUCCCAGGAAGCCCAGGAUCGACGGGUGUGCGUGGACGACCCGGUGACCCAGGGCAGCCGGGUCCACCUGGCCGUCCUGGUCUCCCCGGGGUAGAUGGUAUACAGGGCCCUCCUGGGACCAUGCUGAUGUUGCCGUUCCAGUUUGGUGGCGAUGGUGUGAAGGGACCGGUUGUUUCACCCCAGGAAUAUCAGGCACAGUCCAUCCUCCAGCAAGCGAGGCUUGCAAUGAAGGGUCCACCUGGUUCAACUGGCCUGACAGGGAGACCUGGCCCGAUGGGUCUCCCUGGUAACCAAGGUCAGAAAGGAGAUGUUGGCGAAAUGGGGCCUAAGGGACCUCCAGGAAUUCCAGGACCUCUGGGGCCAACAGGAAGACCCGGACGAAGGGGGCGCUCUGGAGUGAAUGGAAUCCGAGGUUUACCAGGAGAACCAGGAGUAAAGGGCAACAGAGGGUUUGAUGGACUCCCCGGACUACCUGGAAAUAAAGGCGACAGGGGUAACGUCGGUCCAAAGGGGCCACUCGGUCCAUCUGGGGAAAAUGGAGUGCGGGGUAGCGAUGGAGCAGUUGGACCAAGGGGAUUACCUGGUGAACCGGGGCCACGAGGCUUACCAGGCCCAAGGGGACAUGUUGGCCCUCCAGGACAGCAGGGAAUAACAGGUGUUGAUGGUCAUCCAGGUCAGAAAGGAAACUUGGGUCUUCAAGGUGAACCUGGACCUCCAGGACAACAGGGCAACCCAGGACCUCAGGGGUUUCCUGGACCUCAAGGCCCCAUUGGACUUCCUGGUGAAAAGGGACCUCCAGGCAAGCAGGGUCUGCUGGGUCUGAUUGGAGCAGAUGGUCCUCUGGGUCAUCCUGGUCGUGAAGGUCCAGCGGGUGAUAAGGGGAAUGCGGGCUCUCCUGGUGCACAGGGUCCAGUUGGAUAUCCUGGGGUCAGAGGUGUCAAGGGUGCUGAUGGAGCCAGAGGACUGAAGGGAAACAAAGGGGAGAAGGGAGAAGAUGGAUUCCCUGGUUACAAAGGUGACAUGGGACCCAAAGGGGACAGGGGUGAAGCUGGUUUACUGGGCCUUCGGGGGGAGGAUGGUCUGGAAGGAGUCAAGGGCCAGAUGGGUCCACAUGGUGAGCCUGGUCCCACUGGUGCUGCUGGUGAAAAGGGAACUCUUGGUGUUCCUGGCCUGCCUGGAUAUCCAGGAAGAAAAGGUCCAAAGGGUUCAACAGGAUUUGCAGGAUCUCCGGGUCUGAGUGGAGAGAAAGGCAGAAGGGGUAGAGCCGGGCCCCCUGGUGUCCGUGGACAGCGAGGACCCACGGGCGAGCGAGGUGAAAGAGGGCACAGAGGACCUCCUGGCAAGCCUGGACCAAAGGGAAUUGCUGGUAACGAUGGCCCACAAGGUGCCCCAGGGGAGAAGGGACCACAAGGACCUCAGGGACCCACUGGGUUUCCAGGCCCCAAAGGACCCCCGGGACCCUCUGGAAAGGACGGGAUACUCGGGCACCCCGGGCAACGCGGUGAGCCUGGUUUCCAAGGCAAGACUGGACCACCUGGUCCCCCUGGAGUUGUGGGACCACAGGGUUCCGCUGGAGACAGUGGGCCAAUGGGAGAACGGGGGCACCCUGGAGCUCCAGGGCCUCCGGGUGAACAGGGCAUCCCAGGCAGCGCAGGGAAGGAAGGGGGAAAGGGAGACCCCGGUCCCCUUGGAUCUCCUGGUAAACUUGGUCCUGAUGGAUUACUGGGAUUCGCAGGGACCCGAGGACUGCCAGGUGCAACGGGGCCUCCUGGACUGAAAGGAGCAGAAGGACCAAUGGGUGCACCAGGACUGACAGGGUCUACAGGCGAACGUGGGCCAAAUGGUCCAGCUGGUGCUAUUGGCCUCCCAGGUCGACCGGGUGGUCCAGGGCCUCCAGGGCCUGUUGGAGACAAAGGAGCUCCUGGUGACAAAGGUCUUCCAGGUCCUGCAGGCGAAGAUGGCGUCCAAGGCCCCAUGGGCUUACCGGGUCCGAUAGGUUCUCAGGGCCCUCCAGGAGAUUAUGGGGACAAGGGGGAGCUGGGAAAGCCAGGCCAAAAAGGCAGCAAAGGAGACAAGGGCGAGUCGGGUCCCCCAGGGCCCAUAGGAAUACAAGGUCCAAUUGGACACCCUGGACCCAUUGGUUCUGAUGGUAGUCCAGGCCUGAGAGGCUAUCCAGGCAUGCGCGGGCAGAAAGGUGACGAUGGAAUCCGUGGACUGCCAGGUGCUGCUGGUCCUGUUGGACUUCAGGGUCUGCCUGGUCCUCCUGGCGACAAAGGUGAAAGCGGAGAUGUUGGACCAAUGGGCCCGCCUGGUCCUUCAGGAGUGAGAGGGCCUCCAGGUCCCAAUGGUGCCACUGGUCCUUCAGGACUCCCAGGUGGUGUGGGCAACCCAGGACCAGUGGGUGAAAAGGGAGAGACAGGAGAAGCUGGAGACCCAGGCACACCCGGAGAGCCAGGUAUCGCUGGUCCUAAAGGCGAUGUUGGUGAUAAAGGGGACGCAGGUCCGCCAGGUGCAGCAGGACCUGCAGGGGUCAAAGGUCCUCCAGGUGAAGAUGGUGCUAAAGGCGAUGUGGGUCCAGCUGGUUUUCCAGGUGAUCCCGGUCCAACAGGCGAGCCAGGUGUCCCGGGGACAGAUGGUGGAGUUGGUGAAAAGGGCAGUCUUGGUGAUCCUGGCCUGACGGGUCCACGUGGUGCAUCCGGUGAACCGGGCCCUCCUGGAUCGCCUGGAAAGAGAGGACCACCUGGACCUGCAGGCUCAGAGGGUCGAGAAGGCCUCAAGGGUUCAAAGGGUUCUCUGGGACAGGAAGGCCCAGCAGGCAGGACCGGGCCUAUAGGCCCACAAGGGUCACCAGGCAACGUUGGACCAAAAGGUCUCCGAGGGAUACCUGGCCCUACAGGAGAACAAGGCCUCCUCGGACCCCCUGGCCAGGCCGGUCCCCCAGGACCAAUGGGUCCUCCUGGUAUGCCUGGUCUCCGGGGUGCUCAAGGGUUAAAAGGUGACAAGGGGCACGUUGGAUUAAUUGGGUUAAUUGGACCUCCUGGUGAGAUGGGUGAGAAGGGAGAUCGAGGUCUCCCAGGAAUCCAAGGGAUACAAGGCACCAAGGGGGAUGUGGGUCUCCAAGGUUUGAGUGGUCCAAUAGGCCCACGUGGAUCUCCUGGUUUACCAGGUCAACAGGGUUCAAAAGGAUCGAAAGGUUCUGAAGGACCAGUGGGAUUCAAAGGCGACCCUGGACCCCCUGGCCCUCCAGGUCCACCUGGUCCACCAGCAGAGAUAAUACAGCCACUGCCGAUAUACAGGUCAAAGACAAGAAGGCACGCGGAGACUGAGCAAGCUGACGAUACCGGCGGGAGUCUCUUAGACUACACAGAAGGAAUGGAGGAGGUAUUUGGAGCUCUAUCUUCGCUGAAAGAUGAGGUGGAGCUGAUGAGGCGUCCAGUGGGGACUCAGAGUAACCCUGGCCGAACCUGCAAGGAGCUUCAGCUCUGCCACCCACACUUCAAGGAUGGCAAUUACUGGAUUGACCCCAAUCAAGGCUGCUCCAAGGAUUCCUUUAAGGUCUUCUGUAACUUCACUGCAGGUGGAGAAACCUGUAUUUUCCCUGACAAGAGAACUGAAGGGGUUAAAGUUUCAUCUUGGCAAAGGGACAAACCUGGAACCUGGUACAGCAAAUUCAAGCGAGGCAAGCAGCUCAUGUACACUGAUGCUGAUGGCAAUCCUGUCCAUGUGGUCCAGAUGACCUUCCUGCGCCUCCUGAGUGCCGCAGCCCGGCAGAGGUUCACCUACAACUGCCAACAGUCCAUUGGUUGGUACGAUGCUGCUGCAAAGAGCUACAAGAAAGCAGUGCGCUUCCUAGGAGCCAACGAUGAGGAGCUGUCGCACUCCAAGACUCCGUAUAUCAGUGCCAUCUAUGAUGGCUGCAAACUGAGGAAGGGCACUGACCGGACUGUGCUGGAGAUUGAAUCUCCGCGUGUUAUUGACUUGCCCAUCAAAGAUGUCGCUGUGACUGACUUCGGAGAGCAUCAGCAGAAGUUUGGUUUUGAGGUCGGCCCUGUCUGUUUCAACAGCUAAACCUCAGAACGCGUGCCCCGCUAUUUUCUCUGUGUCAUGUUUUUUUAAAUGCAAAAUGCACAUUUUUUUGUAUUCCCUUUUGUCUCUAUUAUUCAUGCUGCAGAUGUUUUUUUUUAUUGUGUGUGAAUAACAAUAAAAUAAUUCCUGCCCUUGUGGGGCUCAAGUCUUAUGACCUUUUGAAGAGGCCAAGUCAGUGGUGGUUAUCUCUGGGUCAUUCUAAAUUCCACAGUUUUCUGCUCUGAUGGUAGAUGGCUAGGAGAGCCUUCUUCCCAGUAAUUCCCGAUUGUUGCAGAGGACUGGUGCACCAAAGCUCCUCCCUUUGAGAGGCGUCCUUUCUCCAAUAAAAUUCAACCUAUGACCUGCUUCCUCAGUCUCUGAACACACAGGCAUUUGCACGUGAAGUGUUGAACCAGGAGAUGACGUUAAGGAUUUGGAGCCAGUCCCUUGACACUGCUGCGUUGGUAAUGAAGCUGAGAAAGCAAAAUAAGAAAUUACAUUCAAAACUGCUUGGGUUUCAGGCUGACAUUUUCCUGUGGCCUCAUUGAAGCAACGCAUUAAAAAUGCCCUUAAAUCUGGUAGAUUGACCCUUUAUCAGUUAGUUUAUUUUUCAGAAAAGAAAACUCUCAAACUAUGUUUUGACUGCUGAAAAAUUAACUAACCCCUACUUGGAUUCAGGGUCUACAGUGAAAUCUUUAGCAUGAUGCCUACCUGUAACCGAUUAGUGGAUGUAUGUGGCAAUUAGCCCAAGGCUCCACCCUGAUGUACAGAGCUUGAUCGCAUGCUGGUGUGUCUCUGUUUGCAGCAGGAUACCACUGGCAUUUAUUUACGUAGAAAUACAGAGAGUCUACAAUUGCCCCAAAAACAGGCCAUUCAGUCCACCAAAAUGGUCUAUACUAGCGAAUGUACGCCACUAUGUAUAAAUACAAUGAGUCUGCAACCCAGAAACAGGCCAUUCAGUCCAUCAAAUGGUCUAUGCUGGCAUGUAUACUCCCUGAGUCUCCUAUCUGCCAUGCCCUUCCUCCCUUACAUACCCCACCGCCCGCACCCCACCCCACCCCAAACCCAUCCAAAUGUCUACUCCUAUCAAAAAGCCCAACCCUUUGAGCAGUGGAAAGGUUUAUUUGUACUCAGGAUGAAAUGAGAUGGAACACUCAAUCCCCAGCUGCCUUGAGUCAGUCUGUGGAUCUACCUAGGCGUGAACAUUGGCACCAUUUCACCCCAGCCGGUUACAUCUGCCCAAUUCACCAGCAGUAAAUCCCUCUACUUGCUGAGAAAGCUACACCAUCUCAGAAACUGGGCAGCCACGGUCUAAAAUUUGGAUUUUGACUCCUUCCAACCCUCCCAAACCCAACCCAUGGAUUCCCCAGGAUAUUUUGUUUUCAGAUUACCAUGUGAUUUAAGACACAACCAACAUUGUGCUUGCGAUGUGGAGUUGACAGGGGUUUGCAAACCCUUAUCAGUUACUUCCCAGGGCAAGGUGAAAGGUGGCCAAAUUAGUGACUAAAGGUCAAAGUUAAGAGAUGGAGUAAUUCUUUACAAGAUUCCAACUCAUAACCAAAUAACCAUAAUUUUUGCAUUAAAGAAUGAAUUACCUAAUGACUUUGAUUAUAUUUUUGAUCAAAUUUGUGACUAUCCAGAACACCAUUGGAAUCCCAGUUUGGCAAAUGGGCUUCUCUUUGCACCUUCAAUGCUUGACUCCACCAUCCCUCAGUUCAAAGUAUCACCAGUGUAAGUUAGUGGCAAAAGAACCAGAGCAGAGAUAAGGAGAGUUUUUUUGUUUUAAAACAGGAGUUUAGAACACAUUUCGGGAGGCAUGACCUAGUGGUGUUAACCUGUCCAUGGAAAGCAGGACAAAUCCAGCCCUGCAAUUGUCACUGCAGUCUCUUCUCAACUAUAGGGGUGGUGAUGGCAUUGUGGUAUUAUUGCUAAACUAUUAAUCCAGAGACCCAAGUUUGUAUCCUGUCACAGCAGAUGGUGGCAUUUGAAUUCAAUUGAAAAACUACUGAAAUUAAGAAUCUAAUGAUGACCAUGAACCCAUUGUUGGGGAAAAACCCAUCCGGUUCACUAAUGUCCUUUAGGGAAGGAAACUGCCAUCCUUCCCUUGUCUGGCCUACAUGUGACUCCAGACCACAGCAAUGUGGUUGACUCUCAAAUGCCCUCCAGGCAAUUAGGGAUAGGCAAUAAAUGCUACCCUAGCCAACGACGCCCUCAUCCUGCGAAUGAAUGAAUAUUUGUUUUUUUUUAAAAAUCUUCCUGAUAAGAUGGUAAAAGUAGAUUCAAUGGUCACUUCUAAGAGGGAGUUGAGUAGUCGCUCAAGGGAGGGAAGAGACAAGCCAGACGAGAGGAGAGCGUGAGACUAAUUGGAUCACUCCUCCAAAGAGCCGGCCCAGACACAGUGGGCUGAAUGGCCUCCUCCACCAGCAGGAAAGGACUCCAGGGCAAAGAGGCCCUUGCCUGUACAGAGUUCCCAUGCAACAUUGCUAUGGCAGACUACCUGUAGCAGCAUUCGGAGCAUAUCCUAUCAAAACUGAAGCCAAGGCCUCUCUGGUAAAAACAAUUGGCUGAACCGUCAAUAAUUUUAAACUACUAAGUCUGCAUGUAUUUGCUCCAGCUGCUCCAGUUUCCUCCCACAGCCCAAAGAUGUGCAGCUUAGGUGGAUUAACAGUGCUAAAUUGCCCAUAGAGUCCAGUUGUGUGCAGGCUGGGUAGAUGAACCAUGGUAAAUGCAGGGUUAUGGGGAUAGGGUAGGAGUGAGUCUGGUUGGGAUGCUGUUUAGAGAGUCAGUAUGGGCUUGACGGGGCCAAAUGGCCUCUUCCCAUGCUGUAAAGGAUUCUAUGAAACAGCGUAUUCAACACUUCCUGUUGACAUACCUGAGAGAAAUCAGAAGGUGGUUGACAUACGAAUUGAGAGACAAACAGACCAGAACCCUCAGAAAUUGAAGCUGUGGCCAUUUGGAGAGGAAGUGGGGUUCACAGACAGGCAGGUUGCCCAAUGAAUGGCUGGCAGUUUUCCUUGAGGUUUGAGGGCCUGAGAUGGGGAGAGAAUAGUUACAGGAACCUUCUUUUGCCUGUAACCUGACAGGAUGGUGGUCGAUGCCGAGCUUGGGUGCCUGAAAUGAAAAGCUUUCUUUUCUCUACUUCCAUGAUCAGGGCAACAAUUAAAAAAAAAAUCAGUGUGUAGCCUAAUAAUAGAGUGAAGCGUCGAUGGCCUUUUCAAAAGGGCAAACAUUACUUUUCCAACAAGUGUAGCACCUUGUCGCUCACUAUCAGAAGAAUCAGAAAUUUACAAAUCUAAUAUAUAUUGAGGUAAAAAUAAAAUGGGGUAAAUCAAUUUUUACAGAAUUGCUACAGACCCGUUUCAGUUUUGGGGAAAUAGCGGAUCAGUUCAUACCAAUUAUCCUUUAACCCUUGAUCCACUUCCUCCUGCCUUUACUGUGACAGAAAUGAUACUUCUCAAACCAAGUUUUAAACGGUGCUAAUCUCAAAAUGCCAAAAUUGUAUUAAGCUGUGUUGCUUGACUUUUUUUGUUACAAAAAAGUAAUUUAUGGAGUUGUUAUUUUUAGAUGCUUCUUGGAUGAGUGUUGGCAUAAUUUAUUUCAGUUUAAGAUGCCUUUGUGUAUAUAAAUAUCUUUUGUUUAAAAUAAGAGGAAAGCAUUUGGAUUAGAUCUAUUAAGUCUUGAGCAGGGGCUAGAAAUUCGUAUUCACUUUAAGGGUCAGUAGUCUCAGGUUCCCAAGUGAAUUGGCCAUUUUAAUGUUCUUGCGCACAACUUAUUCUGGGCUGUCUCAGCCAAGGUUUCCCUUGAUUAACUUCACUGAUAUCUGAGUCGGUAGAGAACUAGGCUGGUUGCAUGUUGGACCAUUCCGUGCUUGGCUGUGCUCCCAGUACUCUCACUCUGACACAGCCAGGGGAGAGGAAAAUUGUCCCAGUUCACCCUGUCCGAAUGGCCACCACAGUGAUUUCCACUGGUAUGUGCCUGCAGGGACGGGAAUUGGGCGAGUACGACAACCUCAGGGCCAAAUGGCCCCAUUGACACUUUGUCCCUUUGGAUUGCAAAUGGAGUGCAGCCAUCUUGUGGAGUCGCCUGCCAGAAAGAGUUUACCACCUUGGAGGGAUUGAUGCAGGUUGCACCAUGUGCUGGAUCCAAAGAUCCUAUCAUAACUUUGGUCUGAAAAGAAAACGAUGAAUUAAAAAUGAUUAUAAAAUGGCUGUACAUGAACUGUUGGAGUCUUCCAUCAUGCCGUAGAGCCACCAGGAUAAUUACAGGGUGUGUACUUACAGCAUAUAUUUGGGCCAUUUUGCCCAGUUUGCUCAUGCUGAUGUAUAAGUUCCAUUUGAACCUCUACUGCCAUCAUUCCCCACCUCAGCACACUGUAUAACCUUCUAUUUUCCUGCCCCUACCUAUAAUUUUCUCCCUACAGUGUGGAAACAGGCCCUUUGGACCAACAAGUCCACACCGCCCCUUGCAGCAUCCCACCCAGACCCAUCCCCCUAUAACCCACGCACCCCUGAACACUACAGGUAAUUUAGCAUGGCCAGUCCACCUAGCCUGCACAUCUUUGGACUGUGGGAGGAAACCAGAGCACCCGGAGGAAACCCACACAGACAUGGGGAGAAUGUGUAAACUCCGCACAGACAGUCACCUGAUGCUGGAAUCGAACCCUGGUCCCUGGUGCUGUAAGGCUGCAGUGCUGACCACUGAGCCACCGUGCCGCCCAUCUAUACUACUCAGGUCAACCACUCCCCGUGAUAGAGAUUUCCAGUAAUCACCACUCUGCGGAAUCACAAAGUUAGUACAGCACAGGAGGCCAUUCAGUGCCUGCACUGGUUCUAUUACCUGGAGCCAAUCUCCAGCCUUCUCCCCAAAUCCCUGCACACCAGUAAUAUCCAAAUAGUCAUCCAAUGCCCCUCUUGAAUGCUAUGAUUGAACCUGCCUCCACCAUGUUUCACAGCAGUGCAUUCCAUACCCUAACUACUCACUAUGUGAGAGUUAGUAGGAACUGCAGAUGCUAGAGAAUCUGAGAUAACAAGGUGUAGAGCUGGAUGAACACAGCAGGCCAAGCAGCAUCAUUUCUGAUGAACGGCCUGGGCCCGAAAUGUCAGCCUGCCUGCUCCUUUGAUGCUGCUUUGCCUGCUGUGUUCAUCCAGCUCUACACCUUGUUUACUCAUUGUGUGAAAAGAGUUGUUCUGUCCCCACAUGGCGUUUGCUUCGAUUGCACCUCACAUUAAAAUUGCAAAGCCAUUUUCAGGAUGAAAGGGUUUCUUCUGAAUUCCCAGUUAGGUUUCUUGGUGACUAUCUUACACUGACAACCUCCAGUUUAUGUUCUUUCCCCCAAAGUGGAAAGAUUCUCUCUGUUAAUGUAUCCUAAAACCAACGUCACAUUGUUUCCAUUAAAUGUAAACUGGGGAUGGGGAGGCUGGGAGUGGGCCAAGAGGAGUCCCAUGUUAUACACCAGGCCUGACUAUCUCCUACCUAGCUAACCUCUACCCUCCCUAGUCCCAUUUCAUCCUAACCCAACUACCUGCAUCCUAUCCCACUACCUUUCCCCACUGACUCAUUGCUUCUAGAUUCACACCCCCAUCCACCCGACAGCCUGCACAUCAAAUAUUCCAUGCUGCAACCCCAUGGCAACAGCUCUGACCAAUCAGAACCUGCCUGCCUGCUCCGAGGAUUAACAUUUACAAUUAACUGCUCUUGCUGCAUUUCUGUGUCAAUAAUGACUCAACCAAUCAGCACCCUCUUCUCAUGCUGGCCCUCCCUCCAGAUCAGUUUCUCAUCUUCAAGUUCUGAUGAGUUCGAGGUGAAAAAUCCAGACUUCUUAUCUCCUUUUCGCAAAAGUUUAAAUUUAAUUUCCUUUCGUGGUUUUGACCUUCCUCACCUCCAUUAGUGUCCUGCAACCUUGAAACCUCUGUCUCUAGCUUCUUUACACUCCAUUCUGCCCCACACUCUUGGUAGUGAGUUCAAGCUGCUUUCCUUAAGCCUCCCUGCCCCUUUUGUCUUCUGGAAAGUCCACCUGUUUGACCUGAGCUCGAGUUUAUUUCAUCAUCUGAUCUGGGGAGGGGUGGGGACGGUUAUCUUCCCCGUGUUUCUGCACUAUGUUCGAAGUGCCUUGUAAAUAAAGCCUGCCAAAGCCUUCCUCCCCUACCACCACUAUGUUAAAAUGGAGCGACAAACACAGUCGUGUAAACUGGAGUUAUUAAAUUGUGGGGCUACUGACCUUUAGGAUUAACAAAUAUGUAUUGAAAGGAAUUUCUACCUCUUCCUAAAUGCUACUGUACAUGUACUGCCACAAUUUCCAAUACCACUGUGCCACAUGCUGUAUUCUGACACAUGUUAACGUACUGUGUCUACUCCACAUGCUCAGUCGGUAUAUAGGGGAGGGGAAUCAAAAGCAGGAAUGCAAAGUUCUACGUGCUGCCUAAUUCCUAGUUAGCGCACAUAUAGGGUGCUGGCAUAUGCUUUCUGUAUCAAUAAGCGAACAAGUAUUCAUGUAUCAUUUCGAAUGAGGCUGGGCAGAAACAUCACCCAGACUGUCAAUGUUGUAUUCUCCCAGGGGCCAAACUAAAACCAAAACAUUGAACAAGAUUGCUGUACAUGCAUUGGAACUAGAAAUGCACAGCCAUUAAGGGUGAAGUGGGGAAGCUGGAUUUAAAGGAUGUGUGCACUGUUGGUAGUUUUGAAUGUGCAACUAAAAUCAUUGCACUAAAAGGCCUCUUGUGGCACAGUGGUAGUGUCCCCACCUCUGAGCCAGGAGGCACAAGUUCGAGUAUUCCCUGCUCCAGAUGUGUGUCCGAACAGGAAGUAGAAAGUUAUUACUGCAACUGAAAUUGAUUGGUUUGACCGGACAUCAGCAAGCAGGAGACAGAGGGCAGUUUGCUGCUGUAAUUUGCUUUUUUGGUCUGUGAACUCUUCAGGUUGGGCAUUCCCCGAUCUUAGUGGGAGUGGCAGAAGAUUCCACCAUUGUGCCCAUCACCCAAGAAGGAGGGGUGGAGGGAAAUAUCAUCAGUGCCCUCCCAACAUGAUAAGCUAACCAGUUCCUCUUGUUGGAGCAGGCCUUGUGAUAAGGCCAACUUUGACCUUGAUGAGACCCCUCUGAGGCUCUCAUGGGCGAUACGCUUGGACCAUAAUUCUCUCUGAGCCCCUGCUGCUUCAGAACAAAAAGCAAAGGCACGGUCUUUGUGGGUCAAAGGACCUGCUCCUGAGUCGUGCUGUUCUUCACUCUUUGAAGAGGAGAUAGGUGCUAUACCUUUGAAAAUAAGAUGGGUGCUAUAAAUCAACGGUCUUUUCUCAUUAAAUCUGAGUGACAUAAAAUUUGUUUGGUAAAACAAUUUUGCGAAGGUAGCAAAUUUUCAGUCACGCCAUCCAUCACCCUCUUGAAACCUUUAGGUGCCUUCCAUGCAAUGGGUUCGUGCUGAAUUCUUGUGGUGCUUUUUCGGAGUUGGCCCCUUGUGUAUUAUGAUGUGUGAUUUCUGUUUGUACAUUGGAAUGUCAAGCACUGAACAAAUACAGAUUGUUUUGUCAUAAGGUCUGUAGCAUAUUAAUGCAGUAAAAAUUGAUAUUCAGGAAAAAAAUGUAAAUUUAGUUACAGAAUUAAAAAAAAAUGCAACUGA